GCGGGCGCUGAUGGCGCCGGGUCGGCUUCCCUCCCCCUCGUCGCCGCCGCCGCUGUAGCUGAGGGGGCCGGUCAUGGCCAAGAGCCGCGGCGGCGAAGCAGCAGGAGGGGUCGCUUUGGUUUCCGCGAACGGGAUGGCAGCGCCGCCCGACGCUGCCUCAGAGGCGGCCGAGAUGGACGCGAAGCUGCGACGGGACAGCGACUUGCGGAGCUCGGUGGGCGGCGGCAGCAGCAGCGACGGCGGCGAGCGGCGCGUCGACAAGUUCGGCUUCCUCGUGCCGGAGGGCGACGCGCCCGCCAGGGAGGCGCUGCUCGAGGAGGUGCCGCUGGACAAACUAAGGCAGAGGGAAUCUAAGUGGCUGGAUAUGCUGAACAACUGGGACAAAUGGAUGGCUAAGAAGCAUAAAAAGAUCCGGCUGAGAUGCCAGAAGGGGAUCCCACCAUCUUUGCGGGGUCGGGCAUGGCAGUACCUCUCAGGAGCCAAAGUCAAGUUGGAUCAGAAUCCUGGCAAGUUUGAUGAGUUAGAUGUGGCCCCAGGGGAUCCCAAGUGGCUGGAUGUAAUUGAACGUGAUCUCCAUAGGCAGUUUCCAUUCCAUGAAAUGUUUGCUUUCCGUGGAGGCCAUGGCCAACAAGACCUGUUCCGUGUGCUGAAGGCCUACACUCUGUAUCGGCCAGAGGAGGGCUACUGCCAGGCCCAGGCGCCAGUUGCUGCAGUCUUGCUGAUGAAUAUGCCUGCAGAGCAAGCUUUCUGGUGCCUUGUCCAAAUCUGUGAGAAGUACCUUCCUGGCUACUACAGUGAGAAGUUGGAGGCAAUCCAGCUGGAUGGGGAAAUCCUCUUCUCACUGCUGCACAGGGUCUCGCCUGUGGCUUAUAAACACCUCAGCAAGCAGAAGAUUGAUCCCAUCCUGUACAUGACAGAAUGGUUCAUGUGUGCAUUCUCCAGGACCUUGCCAUGGAGCUCUGUGUUGCGUGUCUGGGAUAUGUUUUUCUGUGAAGGGGUUAAGAUCAUCUUCCGAGUGGGCCUCGUGCUGCUGAAACAUACUCUGGGUUCUUCUGAGGAGCUCAAAUCGUGCCAGGGGCAGUAUGAGACUGUGGAGCGGCUGCGGGCACUGAACCCCAAGAUUAUGCAGGAGACCUUCCUUGUCCGAGAGAUCAUAGAGCUGCCCGUGACAGAGCGCCACAUUGAGCGGGAGCACCUGAUCCAGCUGAAGAAAUGGAAGGAGACCCAUGGGGAGCUGCAGUGCAAAUCCCCUCCGCGUUUCCAUGGCGCCAAAGCCAUCAGUGACUCUGAGCCUUACCCUCGCAAGGCCUUGGAGCCCUCUCCCUCUAUCAUCCUCCCACCUGACUCAGCGCUCCCGCCCAAGGGCCGCAAGAACAAAUUGCCAAAGGGAGACAAGAAACAGGACCAAGGAAAGGGCCACCUGGCCAAUGGGCCCAUCCCUGAAGAGAACGGAACUCAGAGUUUGCUGGAGCCAGAGCCCCCCUCCCUCCAGCAGUCAAAGGAGAGCCUCAGUUCACAGGAGAGUGAGGACACCUACCUGUAGACAUGACGGCUGCACAUUCCAGACCUCCCAGCUUGGUCCGAAGCGGCUAGGUCUACGUGGCCCCUGCAGCCAGACUCCUCAGCCAAGGUAGUGGGUGGGUGACUGGGAAGUCGGGGGCAGCUAGUGCCUUGGGGAUACUUGGGAUAAGGUAAGCUAAGGGCUCUUUUCCACGAGUCUUAAUGUUAUGCAACUUGCACCACCCCAGUGGCCAACAGGCAGUAGCCAAAUAUGCUUUUAGUAUCUCAUUAGGAAGAGAGAUACUUGCAGCUGCCCCCUGCUGUCGAGUUCUUCGCUGGUGGGAGUCCAGGGCUUGACUGGCAAUGAAUCAUCCAGAUACAGAACACAGUUUUGCCAUAUGCCUACCCACCACAGUCUGAAUGGCGAGAGUAUUGAUGCACAUUCCACAAGGAAUUCUGGGGAAUUGGCAGAGGUCGAAUCGCUGGCCACAUCCUCUAAUGCAGGUCUGCUUCUCAGUGGAUAGGCCACACCCAUUCCUUGACCUCUUGGCAAGUUUGCCAUUGAAGGUUUCUUUAUUAAAGCAAUCGAGGCUGCUGAAGCUCUCUCGUUGUUGCAUUCCUGUC